AUGUGGAGCUUGGAAGAGGAUGUACUGAAGAAAAGAAAUGAGUUAAACAAACAGCAACACGUUCAGAUGUUUGAGGUGCUACGAAAGCAGGCCCAGGCGAGGCAUGCACAGGAAGUGGAUGAAGUGUUGAAGAGGCAGGAGAUGAUGAAGAUGAAGAUGAAGAGAGAUGGCGAGGAGAGGGAGAGGGAAUUUUUGAAGGAUUUGAAAGUGGAAAAGAGACGGAGAAUGUUGGAGUUCCAAGAAAAUUUGAAACUUAAAAACACCCAGGACGUGAAAAACCCAUCCUCAUCACCAUCAUCCUCAUCAUCAGAAACUUUCGGUGGCCAUGCACUGUCAACAGAGAGGGAAUCCAUUAAAAAAUUUGAGAGGAUGGAAAGACAAGAUGUGGAGAAGAAGUUUCAAGAACAUAGAGAGAUGUUGAUGAGAAGGAAAGAGGAGUUUCAUGGGAGGUGUGAAGACGUUAUCCAGGAACUCAGUGCCAACAUGAUGGAGAGAGAGAUAAGAUUGGAGGAAGAUUUGAACGUGAAAUUGACGCUGGAGGAAGAGAGGUCGAGAAGAGAGCGCAAUUUUUGGAGAGAAAGUGUAAAGAAAAGAGAGGAGAAGUUGGAGGAGGAGUUUGAGAAGCAGUUGAAUAGGCAACAUCAAUUCUACUUCAACGUCAAUAAAAAUAACCAAGACUACAAUCAGCGAUUUUUUCAACACCUCAGCACCGACAAUAGAAACGUGAAAAGCAGCAAGUAUAAUUUUUACAACAACGUCGGAAGACUCGACGACGACGGCGAUAUUCGUCUUGAACUUGAUGGCAGAAACACCCGCCAACCACAGCAGCAACAGCAUUACUUCUACACCCACCCACCACAACAACAGCAGCAGCAUCAUCGUCAACAACCUCAGCCUCUCGUUGAAUUGGAAGAUUUCAAUGACACGAACAAUCUUGAGACUAACUAUCUACAACAGAAAGAACGUCACAACGGUUCAGCUCAUCUCUAUCGUUCCACUCCCGAUUUUGUAACCUUGUGGCUCAAUAAUGACGUAACUGAAGAUGUCAACAAUAAUAAUGGUGACGACGACGAUGAUGAUAUCGGAGACUUUAACUUCGAUGAGUAUGCUAACGAAUGUUCCACAGUGUUUUGAGAAAAUAUACUAGAACGAUGACGAUGAUGAUAAUUGUAAAGGUGGUGACGAGACGAUGUUCCUGCUGACCGCCUUCCUCCUUCCCAUCGUCCACGCGUCCUACGUUCUCACGUAGUUAGUUAACCUGUGAUAGAGACUUCAGAGGACCUCACUUUCAACCGGUCACUGAAUUCACACCUGCUUCUUCAUUCUUUCAAUUUUUAUUCUUUUUUUGAUUUAUUCACUCUUUCAAUUUAACUUGUUAUAUUCCAAUAUAUAUUAUUUUAUCGAUUGACAUUUUUAUUUUUAAAAUUUUUUUUUGGAACAAAUCUAGUCCAUCCAUCUAAUCAUCUGGCCAUUUAAUAUAGCCCUUAUCUGCUAGCCCCGUCAUAUUUUCACAAAUUUGUAAGUCAGACUUCUCAUUUAUUACAUAUCGCAUUAUUUACUUGUUUAUUUAUUUAAAUAUAUUAUAAACA